CCGCCAACUGACCUCAGCCUGUUACCAAAGUUCAGGUGCCUUUUAGCGACUCCACAGCAUGCUGCCUGGGAGAGCGGCUGAUGUCCAGCACUGCGUCCUGACGAGCCGCUGGCUGCCUGCAGCUCUGGCGCUGCUCCUCCUCCUCUCCUCCAGCUUCAGCAGUGCUCACAGCACCACGGUGGAGCACGACUUACACAUUGUUCACAAUGUCGACAACAGAAGUCCAGAGAUAGACCCGUUCUGGUACGUGGGGCGUGGGGUGAGACCCAUCGGACGCUUUGGGAAGAGGCACAGCAGCGUGGAGGCUCUGGGCAGCGGCGGGAUGCAGCCUACCCUCAGGACGUUAGAGCUGCUGCUCAACAGCCUCAGAAACAAGGAGAACCUUGGGAAGGUGCUGGAUGGGGAAGACAGGGAUUGGUUACCGUGA